CACAGCACAGAGGUGCACACAAUCGCACCGUGUGGCCGAGACGAGACGAGGCGAGGCGAGGCGAGGCAGCAACAGAUCCGGUUGAGGACUCGUGAGAGCAAAGGAGCGUCGGUGUGGAGAGAGAAGACCAGCGGGAGGCUACGAGGAGUGCAAAGACCAGCCAAACGACGAGGCCUACAGUUGUGUGUGCGUGUGUGUCUGAGGACUUGGAUGGGACAGUGAGCAAUGGCUCUCGUGCAGCGACAGCAGGUUGGCAGUGGGAGGCUUUGCUCAGGCCUCCUCCCCAUCUUCCUCUUCCUCCUCUACCUCGCAGUCCAGCCCAGCCAUGCAACCAUACACAUUCCCUCCAACUACCACAUAAGUGACCUCAAGAGGCCUCCUGUUAUCAUCACACAGCCGGAGUCUGUCACCGUCUUCAGCAUUGAAGACCUCGUCAUGACCUGCGAAGCCUCCGGCAACCCUACGCCCAUUUUCCGAUGGAUGAAGGACGGAGAGGAGUUCGACCCAGGCAACGACCCAGAGCUGAAGGUGACUGAGCGCUCCGGCUCAUUCGCCUUCUACACCCUCAGCAACACAGUGGACUCCCUGAAGCAUUACCAGGGCAAAUAUGUGUGCUACGCAUACAACGAGCUCGGCACAGCCGUCUCCAGUGAGGCCACACUCAACAUUGAUGCCCCACCGUCCCAGCAGAAAGAGAAAAAAGUACAUGUGAAGUCUGAAGAGGGAAGCAGUAUUGUUCUGAAGUGCAACCCCCCUCAGAGCUCCAUGGAGCCCAUCAUUCACUGGAUGGACUGGAAGCUCCACCACAUCCAACUGAGUGAGCGGGUGGUUGUGGGCAAGGAUGGUAACCUGUACUUUGCCAACCUGAAAACCACGGACAGCAGGGAUGACUACACCUGCAAUGUUCAGUAUCUCGCAACUCGCACCAUUCUGGCAAAGGAACCUGUCAUUCUAACAGUCAAACCCUCCAACUCCGUGCAGUGGAACAGGAGGCCCCACAUGAUGAGACCUACUGGAAGCCACAGCACUUACCAUGCACUCAGGGGUCAGACCAUAGAGCUCGAGUGCAUUGUCCAAGGCUAUCCAACUCCCAAGGUUUUGUGGGUUAGGAAGGACGGUGAGCUGUCCGAAUUGCGGACUGCCAAAGAAAUGUUUGACCGCCGUCUGCGCUUCACCAAUAUCUCAGAGAGCGACGGCGGCGAGUAUCAGUGUCUUGCGGAGAAUUCCCAAGGGAAGACCACACACACGUACACUGUGGCAGUGGAAGCUGCUCCCUACUGGACCAAAGAGCCGGUCAGUAUGUUGUACGCUCCUGGUGAGAAUGUCCGACUCGACUGUCAGGCGGACGGCAUCCCGUCUCCAACCAUCAUUUGGACCAUCAAUGGGAUCCCCCUCUCAUCGACCGACAAAGACGCAAAACGCACUUUGACAGAUGGCGGCUCUCUCAUCCUAAAGGAUGUCAAUUUUGGAGACACGGCCAUCUACCAGUGCAAGGCCUCCAACAAGCACGGAGCCAUCCUCUCAAACACCAACGUUUAUGUCAUAAAGCUGCCUCCUCAGAUCCUUACCGAGGAUGGUAACACUUACACAGUUACUGAAGGCCAGAAGGUUUUGCUGGAAUGUGACAGCUUUGGCUCUCCGAAACCAAAAGUCACAUGGCACAGGGGUAGUGCCUCCUCCCUUCUGGCUGAUUCCAGAAUUAACCCUCUCACCACCGGGGGUCUGGAAAUUUUCAAUGUCACACAUGAUGAUGAGGGCUUCUAUAUGUGCUCUGUGCCAAACACUAAUUUGUCCAUCAGUGCACAGCUGGAGGUGCUUAACAGAACAGUGAUCCUGUCACCUCCACAAGCUCUGAAGGUGCAGCCUGGACAGACAGGCAGCUUCACCUGUCUUUCUCUAGUGGACCCCAAACUGGCCUCUCCACUUAUUCAGUGGAGAAAGAACGACCACAAGCUCUUUGCGUCUGGCAGCGAUCUGAAAUACACAUUUGAAGGACCGGACUUGACUAUUUCUAAUAUACAACCUGAAGAUGAAGGAAACUACACGUGUCAGAUCAUCACUAGUCUGGACAUGGCCGAAGCAACUGGCACACUCACUCUUCAUGAUCGUCCGGACCCUCCUACUCUUCCGCAGCUUACACACCAUAAAAGGCGCUCAGUCACCCUCAGUUGGACUCCUGGAGAUGAACACAACAGCCCUGUGAUAGAGUAUGUGAUUGAGUUUGAGGAUCAGGUUUCAAAUGAGCGAGGUUGGGAAGAGUUGAGCAGAGUAUCAGGGAACAACAACCGUGCCAUUCUCUCUCUAUGGCCGUUCAUGUCGUACCGUUUCCGUGUCAUUGCCAUCAACGAGGUGGGCAAGAGUGCUCCUAGCAAGCCGUCUGAAAUCCACAACACAGUUGCUGAAGCACCAGACAAUAACCCUGAAGAUGUCAGAAGCGAGUCCACUGACCCAGAUACGCUCGUCAUCGCCUGGGAGGAAAUUGACAAACGGGACUUUAAUGGACCUGAUUUCAAGUACCGCGUCCUGUGGAGGCGAGUGGUGGGCAGCGGACCCGACUGGCACCACAACUACACAACGGCGCCACCAUUUCUUGUCAGUAAGAUUGGCAACUUUUCUGCGUUCGAGAUCAAAGUGCAGGGUGUCAAUGAGAAGGGGGAGGGACCUGAGCCGGACCCUGUUAUUGGCUACUCAGGCGAGAAUUUUCCACUGGAGGCCCCCAUGGGUGUGGGAAUUGUCAUACUAAACAGCACUGCCAUUGGGGUGACCUGGGCUGGAAUAGACAGAGAGACCGUCAGAGGACACCUGCUAGGCUACAAGAUUCACUUGACUAGGUUUGGCCCCCGGGGUCACCACGGACCUCAAAGGGCCAGGGAGCCAACGACCACUGUUGUAGUAGAGACUGGGGCCAAUGAGGAGAGGAAGGUGAUUGGCGAUCUCCGACCGUACUCCCACUACACCUUGACUGUCGGCGUGUUCAACAGCAAAGGAGAUGGGCCGCCAUCGGAGAUGCUCUCCUUCGAGACUGAUGAGGGAGUUCCUCAUCCUCCAACAUCUCUGGUGCUAGACAGUUCAUCUGAGACAGAAAUGAUGCUGCGCUGGACACCGCCAAGCCAGCCCAAUGGGAUUCUUAUAGGGUACCUCUUGCAGUACCAACAACUUGUAGAGAGUGAUGACAGCCCCAUGCAAGUGGAGAAAAUAGAUGAUCCCACAAUCAGUCACCUAACUCUGAAGGGCCUGGAUCGUAAUAGCCACUACCGCUUCUACCUGAGGGGGCGGACUGCCACUGGAGACGGAGAACCUAUCAUGAGGGAAGGUGCCACCACUCUGGAUGGAGUGCCUCCUGUCAACAUCAGCGUGUCUCCUGGGGAGAAUUUUGUUAAUAUUAGCUGGGUGGCUAAGAAGAGGCAUAGGAAUGUUAGAUUCCAGAUCCGAUAUCUCAAGAAGAAUGAUGCUGAUAAAUGGAAGAAGACAGAGAAGUUGGAUUCCUCCCAGUCAUUCUUCCAGCUUCAGGGCCUAAGACCUGGUUCUCAUUACCAUCUGCACUUCACCUACAGCAACAUCACCUUCUUUCAGACUGAGAUAGACACAGUGGGAACAGGAGUGACUGAGGUCCAGCCCAGCAUUGCGACCCAGGGCUGGUUCAUUGGCCUGGUGAGCGCCAUUGUGCUCCUGCUGCUCAUACUGCUCAUCAUUUGCUUUGUCCGGAGGAACAAAGGGGGGAAGUAUUCAGUGAAAGACAAAGAGGAAGGCCCUAUGGACUCCGAAGCCCGGCCAAUGAAGGACGAGACCUUUGGAGAGUACAGAUCUCUUGAAAGCGAUCUGGAGGACAAGCGUACUGCCAGCCAGCCAUCAUUGUGUGAGGAGAGCAAGCUGUGCAGCGAGGACAACCUGGACUUCAACGGCAGCAGCGUGUUGACCACCGAGAUCAACCUGGAUGAGUCGCUGGCCAGCCAGUUCAGUCGGCCCAGCGAGGGACCAGAGGUGCCAGAUAACUCCCUGCUUAACCCCACCACCAUUUCUUCUGCCGCUAAUGGUCUGCCCAACCAAGUCACUAUCCUCGAUUAACCGCCAUGCAUCCGUGUUGGACCGUCAGACCAAAACAUGUCAACACAUAUGUGCCCGUACGCUUCUGUUCCCUGCUGAGUAGUUUGAUGACUAAGACACAAUCAAUGUAUUGACAAUUCAGAUGCUGGUGGUGUCAUCUGAUGGACUGGACUGUUUUGACCAAAGGAGAGUCCAAAGUAGUGGACAACGUGACAUAAAUCGGACUAACCCUGACAUGGAGAAAUCCUUUAACUCUCCCAGAUCCUUUAUUAUGUGUUAUUAUGUGUUAUUGGAUAAUGUAAAUGAUUCACUUUCAUUCAUCUUCUCUUUAUUUCUUGCCUCAAAACCUCUUUAAAAAAAUACGAAAAAAAAGAAUGUUGUGCGGUAGAAAUGUUCUAAGGAGGCUGCAUAUUAGAGCAGCUGCAGACUGAAAGUGAAGCAUAAUGGGACACAGCUGCUGUGCCCCAUCAUCAUAAUUGAUCACGUUUUCUUAAACCAUUUCACACAAUGUAAGUGCCAGUGAAUUUUUUUUUUACAUCUCUAUGAUCUAAUCCCGGCCGGCACGGUGGACGACUGGUUAGCACAUCUGCCUCACAUUUCUGAGGACCGGGGUUCAAAUCCCGGCCCCCCCUGUGUGGUGUUUGCAUGUUCUCCCCGUGCCUGUGUGGGUUUUCUCCGGGCACUCCGGUUUCCUCCCACAUCCUAAAAACAUGUGUGGUAGGUUGAUUGAAGACUAUAAAUUGCCCGUAGGUGUGAAUGUGAGUGCGAAUGGUUGUUUGUUUCUAUGUGCCCUGCGAUUGGCUGGUGACCGGUUUAGGGUGUACCCCGCCUCCCGCCCGAAGAUAGCUGGGACAGGCUCCAGCAACCCGCGACCCUAGUAAGGAUAAGCGGUAAAGAAAAUGGAUGGAUGGAUGGAUGACCUAAUCCCAUUUUCAUAUUUCAACACUAAAUCCAUACAUAUAUAUGUACGUGUGUGUAUAUGUAUAUAUACUGUGCGUGUAUAUUCAGUAUAUACACAUAGUACAGUAUAUACACAGAGAUAUGUACAACCCCAAUUCCAAUGAAGUUGGGACGUUGUGUUAAAC